UAAUUUGUGGCCCACUAUAGAAUUACCAGUCAAGCAUAACAGAUAUAGGAGAACGUUGAUAAAAAUCGUGAUAUUCCUUAAAUAAAACCUACGAUGAAAAGGUCGGUCAGCUUGAAAGGUGUCCCAACUCGCGAGCCAUCCAGUGAUGAGGACUCUGAUACAACAACAGGAAAAAAACCGCGCUUGGUCCUGGACCAGGACGUGGUGAAGACCAUGGACACGAUGAUGCACGGCCUAAGUUACCUGGGCGGCACCUCCAUCGAGUUGAAGCUGGAGAAUCUCUCCUGUUUCCUGAGCAGCCUCUUGGAGAGCCACAAGUCCGACAUCCUUCGCAUCCUAGAGAACUGCGUGCUUGAGCAUCCCGGCCACGUCAGUGCUUAUGCCACCUUUGUGGGUCUCGCAAACGCGAGGAACUUCCGCUUUGGAUCCGACUGCUUGCAGUUUAUGGUAAGGAAGCUGCGGCACUACCUGCUCAAUGGCGAAUGGCUGCAUGUCCGGGUCGUUUUGCGCUUUCUGGUGGAUCUGCUCAACUGCAACGUGGUCACGAGCGCGUCCCUUAUGAAACUGCUCACCGCUUUCGUGGCUGAGUGCGAGGAUCCCUGCGAGGCGGGUUCCGUGAGUGAUGACCAGUCUCGACGGGACUGGCUGGCCUUUUGCGUACUCUCUGCGCUGCCCUUCGUGGGCAAGGAGCUCGAUCAGAAGCCGGACUUCCAGAGGCUUUUGGUCACGCUCCAGAUUCAUGUGAAAAAGAGGGAGGCCCUGCACGUGCCUCUCCUGAGUGUCUGGCGCGAUAGUACCUUACCGCCGCUGCUGGACCAGCUGGAGUCGCUGUGGCAUCAGGUAAAGGCCAUGGAGGAGCACCAGUGGGCCGAGCCAGAUCACCAGCUCCUGCCGCGCCCGUACCUGGCCUUCGACGAGAGGCUGAGUGCGGCUCUGCAACACUCCUUACCGACCUUCGAAAUGCCGCCCCACCAGCGGGGCUGGAGCUAUCCGCAGUCGGAGUUAAUCUUCCGCAUUUUUGACUUCAGCAUCACAUCGCACGAGGAGCUCAAGCUGCCUCCGUCGCUCAGCAUCGAGCGGUACCUUCUGGAGGCCCAGGUAAGGCAUGUGCUUCAGUCACAUCACCUGGAGAGAAAGAAGUGCGCCAAGCAUAUGCUGUUCAUUGCCGCCUCCAAGCCAGAGCUGGCCGUGUGUCACAGCAUCGUGGAGGUAAUCUUGGGCGAAAUGCUGCGCCUUCCCAAGGCCGCCUUGCCCACCAUCAACUACGGAUCCAUUCUGAUCGAGCUGUGCCGGCUGCAGCCCUACAAGAUGCCUCCCAUCGUGGUGCAGGCGGCGAACAUUAUCUAUUCCCACCUGGAGUCAAUGAACGUGGCCUGCUUCGAUCGCCUGGUAAACUGGCUCUCGCUGCAUCUCUCCAACUUCGGAUUUCACUGGCACUGGGGGCAGUGGGCUCAUGAUUGCCUGGGCUUAGGUUAUUUUCAGCCCAAGGCGAUCUUUCUUAGGGAGCUUGUUGGAAAAUGUAUCAGACUAUCGUACUACCGAAAAAUAGCCACGCUGCUGCCACCAAGCCUUGCCCACUUCCUCCCGCCGAUGCCCCAUCCGAAAUUCAAGUAUAUUGAUCCUUUAAUUUCGGGCGCCACGUUGUCCGAGCUACUCCUGGAAGCUAUGCGCGACAAGCGAACUGAAGUUGACAGGAUCCACGCACUGCUGAAAGGAGCUACCACGACCACAGAGCUGCGCAAGAUCAACGUGUUUACCCAGAACUGUCUGCACCUCAGCUGCAAGUCGUUUUCUCACACCUUUGCCACGCUUGCCAAAUAUCACCAGGUUUUUAAGGACUUGGCUCCAGCCGAAGAAGAGCAGCAUGCCAUUAUGGAGGGAAUUUUCGAAGUAUGGUUCAAUAACCAGCACUACAUCCUUGUGGUGAUCGAGAAAAUGAUCCGGAUGGAGGUGCUCAUGCCCAAGUACGUGGUGUCCUGGCUCUUUGGGCCGCUAAUGCGCAGGGAACUCACCAAGAUGUACACUUGGGAGCUGCUCCAUGUCACGGUGCGUCUUGUGCAAAAUCCUCAGAGAUUGGGCCCAAGAAAGCGCCACCUUGUGAAGGACGAGCCCAAAGACUCGGCUCUGACCGAUUCUGCCAUCAGAGGCAUUCUUCUGGAUAUCCUGCAGCGCAUAAUAAAAGUGCUCAGUGCCGAGUCGGAUGGCCCAGACGGAUCCGUCGAGCACUACCGCUUCCAGUGGAUACUCGGCAGGAUGCAGGAGACUUUAUUUACAUACGUAGACGAAUAUCAAAAGCUCGGCAGUAAACUUGUUAAAAUCUCAGAGGACGUCGAUCUUAACAACUCCAUUGCCAAGAGCAUCCAGGCCUUUUUGGUCUACGUCAUGUGA